AUAAUGAAUAUGUUUUUAUAGACCUGGAGCAGAAGCUUAGCAAAUACUUCUCAAAGGAAUGGAAGAAAGAGACCACCAAAGGAACAGAGAAAUUCAGCCCUCCUUUUGUUGCGUUCUUUAGAGUACAAUACUACGUAGAAAAUGGAAGAGUAAUAAGCGAUAAGGUGGCACGGCAGCUCUACUACUGCCAUCUGAAAGAGCAAGUUCUGAUGUCUCGGUGCAACCACAAAGAAGAAAUCUACUUCUUGCUGGCUGCCUACAGCUUACAAGCUGACUUGGGCAACUACAGAGAAAAGGUCCACACUGGCAGAUAUUUUGAACCUCAAGCUUAUUUCCCACAAUGGAUAAUUGCAAAGAGGGGGAGCGACUACAUCUUGAAACAUGCCCCAGAGAUGCACCGAGAACAGCAAGGGCUGAGCGCUAAGGAAGCAGUGCUGAAGUUCAUUAAGGAGUCCUGCCUGCUGGAAGAUGUGCCUGUCCAUUUCUACAGGCUGCAGAAGGAUAAGAAGGAGGAUCGCCCGACAGUUAUCCUGGGCCUGACCCUUAGAGGAAUGCACAUCUAUCAGGAGGUGAACCACGUUCGCCAGCUCCUCUACGACUUUCCCUGGUCACACAUCGGGAAGCUGGCGUUUCUGGGGAAAAAAUUUGAGAUCCAGCCAGAUGGUUUGCCCUCUGCACGGAAACUGGUUUACUACACGGGUUGCCCCUUCAGGUCACGGCACUUGCUGCAGCUCCUCAGCAACAGCCACCGGCUCUUUCUGAAUAUCCAACCUGUACUAAAGCAAAUCCAAAAGCUGGAGGAGGCUGAAGAGAAGAAGCGCUACCGGGAGUCCUAUAUCAGUGACACGCUGGACAUGGACCUGGAUCCAUGCGAUAAGAACUCGCGCGGCAGCGGGAGCAGCGGGGGCAGCCGGAGGGACAACCGCCUCUCGCGCCAGUCCACAGGGAGUCACGGCAGCUCCCACACAUCGGGCAUCGAGGCGGACUCCAGGCACCGGGUGUCGGUGGAAAUGUCGGUGGAUGAGCCCUUCAGCAUCGACCGCGUGCACAGGAAGGAGAAAUCCUGCAGCUCAACCAUCAGCUACGGCAGCUCAGGCAUUGACAGCGGCAGCAAAGGGCGGGCUGAAGAUGACUCUCAGGAUGAUGAGCUUGAGCUGGCAGUAGAUGAGCCAGAGGAGGUGCCUGUAGAUGAGCCUUUAGAGGGAGACCAGUUAGAGGAGGCCACUGUGGGAGAAUCUGUUGAAUCUCUUCCUCUAGAUGCUGCUAGCUGCCAAGCCAUAAAUCAGGAAUCGCUGUCUGUGGUGCAAGUCACGCUAAUAAAAAUGAGAGGCCAAAGUGUGGAAUCCCUUCACCAGGUCAGAUCGCUCAAAAGCAGGAGCUGCACAGACCAGCACAGCCAGAGCUUGGACGACAUCCGCCUUUACAAGCACCGGCACCCACCACUAAGUGCCACGCUGUCUUCAGACACGUCCCACAGCUACACGUUUGGCUGCAGCCUGGAGGAUAGGCUGUCUAUCUAUGGCUGCGUUUAUUCCACAGCAGACUGCAAAACCAAGUCUGCUCUUUAUGGGAAGCGAUCCAUGAACUGCCUCUCCUUGGAUCUUCUGGGAGAAGACCAGCUCCCAGAGGAAUUUGUGGUGUAA